AUGCUCGUCCGCCUCCGCGCCAUCGCCCACCACCUCGCCCCGUCCCACCAGCCCAUCCGCGUCGCGACACGAAGCAUGGCUAGCUACGUCGUUCACAACGAUAACGCUGCGUGCUGCAGCAUCCCGCCUGUCAAGUCGGAUUACACGCCCAAGGGAACGUACAAGAGCUAUGCCGGGUUCAACAAGGUAUACGUGACAGGCCCUGAUCUGCCCACCGACAUCUCGCUCGUAUGCGUCUUUGAUAUCUUUGGCUUCAAGCCCCAGACGCAACAAGGCGCCGACAUCCUCGCCGACAAGCUCCACGCACACGUCGUCAUGCCCGACUUCUUCGAGCCCGCCGACCCAUGGCCUGCGGAGCACUUCCCGCCCAAGACCCACGAGGAGAAGGCGCGGCUCCAGGCUUUCUUCGGCGGGCCCGCGAAGCCUCAGGAUGCAGUCGAGAAACUCGUCCGCAUCGGCCGUGCGCUCAAGGAGGACGGAGCGCAGUUCAUUGGCACGUUUGGUUUCUGCUGGGGUGGGAAGGUCACCAUUCUCGCUGGAUCCGUUGAGCACACACCCUUCGGCGCCGUCGCCGCUACACACCCUGCCAUGUUGACCCACCACGACGCCGUCCAUCUCAAAGUGCCGCUUGGCAUCUAUCCGAGCCAUGACGAGCCCAUGGAGGAGUACCAUAAGAUCGUCGAGAUCGUUUCAAGGAAGCCCUGGCACGAGAAGAAUGACCACAAGUUCUACGACAGCUUCCAUGGGUUCGCUGCCGCCCGCGCCAACCUGGAGGAUGCCAAGCAGCGCAAAGACUUCGAGGAUUUGUAUGGCAGGCUAAUCAUGUUCUUCGGAAAGGCCAGUGGCCUGCAUAAGCACUGAGCACGACAAUUGAAGAAGAAAACGAUACCGAAAAAAGUGUAUAGUUGUUGUACGAUACAAGCGAGAUCAACGCUGAGCAAUUGUCCGUACAACCCGUGUAUCCAUAUGUCUUGUUGAAGACAAUAUUUCCGGAAUAAAUUACAUGAGGAAGUAUACAGCCACAC